AUGGCGUCCGCCCGCGCGCAGAGCUCGACGCCGGUGCCGACGACGGAAUCGGCGGACCCGGGCGUCGAUGGCGCGGCCUCGACCGUGACCGAGGCCGAGCACAGGGCCAUGGCGGACACGCUCGCCCGCAUCUACAACCACCGCAACGAGGAUGGCUACGACCCCACCAAGCUCUUCCAGCGCAAGGUCAACAAGCGCGCCGUCCCCGACUACUACGACAUCAUCAAGGAGCCCGUGGCCCUCAGCACCGUCAGGGCCCGCGUCGCCGCAAACGAGUACACGAGCUUCUCCGGCUUUGUGCGCGACCUCGCCCUCAUCCCCCACAACGCCCAGGUCUACAAUCGCCAGGACUCGCAGGCCUACGUCGACGCCCUCGACGUCAAGAAGCUCAUCGAGGCCGAGCUGCAGCGCUUGGUCGCCGCCGGCACCAUCACCGACACCGUCGCCGCCCUGCCCUACCUCGGCGAGAUCCCCGAGCAGGACCCGCUGCUGCCCGAGGACGACGAGGACGACGACGACGACGACGACGACGAGGAGCUCGAGGUCGACGAAGAGGACGACGACGACGACGACGGCGCCGGCGACGCCAAGCGCAAGCGACGACGCGGCCCUCGCUCCACCGCCGCCGUCGCCAAGCGCGACGGCGGCGCGCGAGCAAAGGAAGAGGCCAAGGCCGACGACCCCGAGUCGCGCAAGAAGCGCGGCCGCCCCCCGCGCGUCGACACGCCCAUGGAGGCGCGCAUCAAGGCCAUCAUGAAGGCGAUCCGCAAGCCCCGCAACCAGGACAACAAGCUCAUGGUCAGCGGCUUCGAGCGCGUGCCCGACAAGGCCGUCAUGCCCGAGUACCACGCCGCCAUCCGCACCCCCAUGGCCAUGGACAUCCUCAAGCGCAAGCUGAAGCGCAAAAAGUACAGCUCCGUCGACCACUUCAUGCUCGACGUCGAGCUCAUGUUCGACAACGCCAAGCAGUACAACGAGGAGCACAGCCAGAUCCACAGGGACGCCGUCCACCUGCAGCGCGAGGCGCGCAAGGUCGCAAAGGCCGAGCAGGACAAGCCCGACACCGACUUUGUCAUGGACGAGGGCCGCAUCCCCAUGCCCAACGGCAUCCUGCACAACGGCGAGCUGUGGAAGGUCGGCGACUGGGUCCACAUCCAGAACGCAAACGACCUGACCAAGCCGAUUGUCGCCCAGAUCUACCGCACCUGGCAGGACGCAGAGGGCGGCAAGUGGGUCAACGCCUGCUGGUACUACCGCCCCGAGCAGACGGUCCACCGCUUCGACCGCCACUUCCUCGAGAACGAGGUCGUCAAGACGGGCCAGUACCGCGACCACCGCAUCGACGAGGUCGUCGACCGCUGCUUUGUCAUGUUCGUCACCCGCUACAACAAGGGCCGCCCGCGCGACUUCCCCCCGGACAAGGAGAUCUACGUCUGCGAGGCCCGCUACAACGAGGAGAACCACAAGCUGAACAAGAUCAAGACCUGGGCCAGCUGUCUGCCCGACGAGGUCCGCGACAAGGACUACGUCAUGGACCUGUUCGACGCCCAGCGAAAGCUGAAGAAGCUCCCCAGCCCCAUCGCCUACCUGCUCAAGCCCGACCAGAAGGAGACGGACGACCUGCCCAAGCCCGAGUGGGGGGCCGAGAAUGCGCCUCCCAAGAUUGGCGCAGUCCACUGCCGUCCGCGCGACCCCAAGGACUCGCCUCCGCCGGAGCCCACGCCCCCUCCGCCGCCCACGCCCCCGCCAGCGCCCGCCAUGCCCACGCCGAGCCUGCCCAGGGCCGACUCGAGCAGCUACGGCGCCGCGCCCUCGUCCAACUACCCCCUGGCGCAAGCGCCAGCGCCCACGCCCAUGCCCGCGCCCACGCCGCAGCACCACCACAUCGCCUCCGCCUACACACCCACACACCCCGGCCACUACCACGCCUCGCAAUCACCUGCCCCGCACAUGCACCCACAAGCACCACAGCCGCCCUCGUACCAACCCAUCACACCGCACGUCCCCUUCACUCCCCAGCCCCCGGCGCCCAUGCAGCAGUACCAGACCCCCCGCCCCGCCCCAGGCUACCAGCAGCCGUACGUUCAGCACCCACCGGCCGGCUACAAGGCCCCGCCACCGGUCGAGGUCUACAUCCUGAACGACCACGCAAACGCCAGCAUCCCAGAGGACAUCCGCGAGCAGUUCCAGCGCGACGAAAAGGGCCGCGUCCUCUUCUUCACCGCGCCGCCUCUCAACGUCUCGCAGCCUCUGGCAAAGGGCGGGAGGGUCCUGGGCCACUCGGCCGCCUACCUCGCCGCCCGCGCGCGACGCGAAAAGGCAAAAGCAGAGAAGCGCAAAGCGGAUGCCGCUGCCUCGUCCGAGCGCGACUCUGCCGCCAAGAAAGCACGCCGCGACUCGGAGCUGAACCUGCAGAGCGCUGUCGCAGACCUCGGAGCCAAGGCCCUCGCCGCCCUGCAGGACCAGCUCGCCGCCGCUACCAAGGCAGAGCUGCACGCCCAGGCAGACGACGACAGCAACGCUGUGAAGAGGGUCGUAGAGGGCCUGUUGGACAUGCAGAGCCGUGCAGCUGCACAGAAGGCGGAAAGAGAUGCGCGUCAAAGGCAGCGCAAGGACGGCCAGCAGAUGCUUGUCACAGGCAUGACGGCGCAGCUAGAGAAGAGUAUUUAG